GCGGCCAAACAACAUGGUGGUACACACUACCAGCUGAAGAGGACUGUGUAUUUUUUUAAUAUAAGCAACCACUUGCAGCGAUGCUGAGUUUUUUCGCAGUCUUUUCUGUCUUCAUAAGUCGCGUGUCUACCUCGGACAGUAAAGUGUCACACAAUGCACACAGUCCCAGUGAGAGCUACUUAAUGUCGGUAUGGCACAACAGGCUGUACCUGUAUUCAGCUGCUGCACUUGUCUUUGGCAUCUGGUUCUCACUGAAGAUGGCACUGAAGAAGAAAAGCUUCCCCAAAGACGUCGGCACGUUGGUCUACAAAGCUGCGAAGAAGAAUGACAGAGACACUGUAGUUCAUGUGUCAGGGGUUAAAAUCUUCUACGGCUCACAAACCGGAACAGCAAAGGCCUUUGCAAAAGAGCUGUCAGAGGAGGUGAAGGCCUUGGGUGUACCAGCAGAGGUGAUUGACAUGAAAGACUACGAUCCAGACGAUCAACUUGCUGAUGAGUGCACCAACAAGGCGGUCUGCGUGUUUCUUGUGGCCACCUACACUGACGGGCAGCCCACAGAGAACGCUGAGUGGUUCUGCAAGUGGUUGGAGGAGGCGUCCACUGACUUCAGAUACGGGAAGACCUACCUCAAAGGCCUCAGAUAUGCAGUGUUUGGUCUUGGCAACUCUGUCUAUGUUGGCCACUAUAAUACAGUGGGUAAAAACGUGGACAAAUGGCUGUGGAUGCUGAGUGGCAUGCGAAUCAUAACCAGGGGAGAGGGAGACUGCAAUGUGGUGAAGAGUCGUAAUGGCAGCAUCCAGGCAGAUUUCCUGGCCUGGAAGGUCAAGUUCCUGAACCGCCUUCAGGCUCUGGCGAAGGGUGAGAAGAAGACUUGCAGUGGGAACUGUAAGACUGGAGGCUCCUGUAAGAACAAGAGGAAAGAGGGACACGAGGAGGAGGAGGAGGAGGAGAAGGAGAAGGAAGCUCAGCAGAAUAACAGCUCUGAGGAGGAUCUGAUGGAGUCCAGCAGCGAUGAGGAGGAGUCUGGCUUGCAAGAUGAGAAAAAAUCAGGUUCAGUGGUUGACAUGGAGGAUCUGGGCAACAUCAUGAGCAGUGCCAAGAAAGCCAAGAGCAAACAGGAGGGUGGAGGAGACGGUCACAUGGUGAAGCUAUCAAAGAUGAAUGGAUUGAAGAAGACUGAAGAUGAAGGGGAAAGAAGAGAGAUGAUCACCCCUGCCCUUAGAGAAGCACUGACAAAGCAAGGAUACAAACUAAUUGGUAGUCACUCAGGAGUAAAGCUUUGUCGCUGGACCAAGUCAAUGUUGCGUGGGAGAGGAGGCUGUUACAAGCACACUUUCUAUGGUAUUGAGUCCCACCGGUGCAUGGAAACUACUCCCAGCCUUGCCUGUGCUAACAAGUGUGUCUUCUGCUGGAGGCAUCACACCAACCCCGUGGGCACAGAGUGGCGCUGGAAGAUGGACCCUGCUGAGAAAAUCCUGCAGGAUGCCUUGGAGAAGCACCAGAACAUGAUUCGACAGUUCAGAGGAGCCUGGUGCCAGUCACUCAGUUGUAUGUUAGUGUGGAUGCCAGCACCAAAGACAGUCUGAAGAAGAUUGACCGGCCACUUUUCAAAGACUUCUGGCCACGCUUCCUGGACAGCCUUAGGGCCCUGGGAGAGAAGAGACAGAGGACGGUGUACAGACUGACGCUGGUGAAGGCCUGGAACGUGGAGGAAAUGCAGGCCUACUCUGAACUUAUUGCUUUGGGCCAGCCGGACUUCGUUGAGGUCAAGGGAGUGACGUACUGCGGUGAAAGCUCUGCCAGCAGUCUGACCAUGGCUAACGUCCCCUGGCACCAGGAAGUGGUUGCCUUCGUCCAGCAGCUGGCUGACAUGUUGCCACAGUAUGAGAUCGCCUGCGAACACGAGCACUCCAACUGUCUGCUCAUCGCACACACCAAGUUCAAGGUGGAUGGCGAGUGGUGGACAUGGAUCGACUACGAGCGUUUCCAGGAGCUGGUCCAGGCUCACGAGGAGAGUGGGGGACAGCAGAGCUUCUCAGCCUUGGACUACAUAGCCAAGACUCCCAGUUGGGCUCUGUUCGGAGCCCAUGAACAAGGUUUUGACCCUGCUGACACGCGUUUCCAACGUCGCAACAAAACCAAAGACAUUUCAGGGUGCUGAUAGUUGAGAGAGAGAGAGAGAGACAGGUAGUAUGAAUAGAUACAAUGCAGAUCUCUAAAAGAUGAUAGAAAGUAAAGUUCAAAGUUUUUAUUCCCAUCCUCUUUGAGUUUCAACGCUUCCUUUCGCUGAACGUUUUUUUUUUUGGCUAUCCACAGCUGGCCUCAUUCUUAUGUGAACUUUUGUCAUGUCUCUUCAAUUUGGAAACCCAAAUUUUAUUGGCUUGACCUCCAAGAUGAGCCAAAAACCUGCCAGAAUCAAUUCAUUCACCCUUAUUCUCUAGACAUUCCCCAUCACAUUUACUUUAAGUGCUUCUUUUGUUUCAUAUACAUACAUAGAUCUUUGAUAUUUCCCUUUUUUUUUUUUUUAGCCAAGGUCAUUAUUCUAAUGUCAGUGGCUUUGAUCUGUACAACCAUCUGGCAGCACUUGGGAGGUUUUACACUGUGGAUGCUGAACCUGGCUGUGGCUACAUCAACAAUCUUGUUACUGACAUUUUUUUAUGAUCCAGGGUCUGCUGUACUGCUCAGGACGCGAUUAGCAUGUAAGGAGUAGCUCUUCUCCUCAUGUCGUCUGUGAGAGCGGCACAUCUUUCCCAGACACCUUUGCUCUUCCUCCCACUCAUUAGGACAGUGGUUGUUUUUACUUGGCGGUGAGAGACUUGAGCUGUGUGAGAAGAGCAUCAAGGCUACAUCUCCACUGGGAGAGUCAAGCUUCUUAUUGCACUCUUUGUCUUUUUUUUUGUUUUUUUUUAGUCCAAAGGUUGCACUGUUGCACUGUUGCACAUUCCCAGCAGUGUCAGUUUUGCUUGGUUUCUAUGCUCUGAGCCUGGGUGGUAGAAAAUAUUUCAUCUUUUUAAUAGUUUGGCCAGCUUUGCUUUAGAUUAGUAAAAACUGGGUAUUAUUAAAAAAAGAAAAUAUAAACAUUUUGGGUGUGACAUCUUUUGCAGCAGGGGAUGGAUGAUGUCAUCUUUAAUCUGUAACAUGAAUUGCAAUCACCAUAUUCUCAGGCAAUGUCAAGUCUCGUAUCAUUAUAUUGAUACAUCUUCUUAGUUAAAUGGACGAAACGGGCACAAAGAUAAAUUAACUGCUGAUGUACAACGCAUUUAAAAUACUCAUCCAACACCCAAAUGCAUAUUGUCUGAUCUACCUUCAGCCACCAUCCAGGAUAAGAAGUGAGUAUGAAGAACAUCAUCAUGGGUGGUGAUGUAGCAUCAUAUUUGUCUAACUCGUGUAUACCUCCAGAGUCCAGCGUGCCAGAUUAAAGCCGUUACUGAUAUUUUAGUAAAUCUAGAUGUAAAAAUCAAGUCCAUUUUAAUUUGUUUUAUUUGAUUGUGAAUCCAGAUGUAAACGUUUAAGUCCAUUUUGUAAUGUCUCCAAUGUUGCAGCACCUCCCUGUUGGGAGAAAUAUCACUGUAAUAAAUGUAUUUGGGAUA